ACAAAUCGCGUCUGAGACUUCCGGCUUUCGUAGCAACGAACUCUCUUAAGUUAUACAAAUCAGAUUACAGUUAUUACGCUAUAUUCAGAUUACAAACAAAUAGCAUCUAUAUAGUUUUAAUUAGACUGUUAAAUUUAAUCGUCAUAUAACGUAUGAUAGCUGUUCGUCGUGAAAUGAGACGUACAAGAAGCUCCUGCAAGAAAACCGAAGCAAUCCCAAAAAAUGAAGAAAAUAACUCAGACUCUGCCCAGGUUAAAGAGGAGGAUGAGGAGGAACCAGUUGUCAAGAAGAAGUCGAUCAGGGUGAGGAAACAGAAGCAAAUCAAAGAGGAGCCUAGUGAGGGAGCUGAGAAAAAAGAAGUCGUUAAGACUGUGGUGAUGAAGGGGAGAGCUCCGGUCGACUCCGAAUGUACUGCCAAACUCGGCAAGGCUCACGUUUACAGCAGUGGUGAUGAUGUUUAUGAUGUUAUGCUUAACCAGACCAACCUUCAGUUUAAUAAUAACAAGUACUACCUGAUUCAGCUUCUGAAGGACGACGGCAGCGACAGCUACAGCGUGUGGAUGCGUUGGGGGAGAGUUGGGAAGGUCGGACAGCACACUUUAAUGACCUUUGGUGGAGACCUCGGCAAGGCCAUGAGCACCUUCAAACAAAAGUUUUUUGACAAGACGAAGAACUGCUGGGACGACCGGGCAUCCUUUCAGAAAGUGGCCGGGAAGUACGACCUGGUCUUCAUGGACUACAUGGCCAGCAGCAAGGAAGACGAACAGAAGAGCCAGGGGACUCAGGAGGUGGCCCUGCCCCAGAAACGGCCCUGCCAGCUCGACAGCCAAGUGCAGUCCCUCCUACAGCUGAUCUGUGACAUCAAGGCCAUGGAGGAGAGCGUCCUGGAGAUGAAGUUCGACACUAAGAAGGCUCCUUUGGGUAAGCUGACGGUCGAGCAAAUCAAGGCGGGGUAUCAAUCUUUGAAGAGGAUCGAGGAGUGCCUGAAGAAGAAGGGCAGCAGCAAGGAGCUGAUGGAAGCCUGCAACCAGUUCUACACCCGCAUCCCACACGAUUUUGGUCUUCGCACGCCGCCACUGAUUCGGACAGAGGAGGAGCUGAAGGAGAAGAUCACCUUGUUGGAGGCCCUCAGCGACAUAGAGAUAGCAGUGAAGAUGGUGCAGUCCAGUAUGGACAGCACAGAUCACCCGCUGGACCGACAGUACCGCUCCCUGCGCUGCCAACUGAAGCCACUGUCACCCAAAAGCCACGAGUACAAGGUGAUAGAGCAGUACCUGCAGACCACGCACGCCACGACCCAUCAUGACUACACCAUGACGGUGCUGGACAUCUUCGCAGUGGAGCGUGAGGGGGAGAGCGAACGCUUCACUGCGCAGCUGCAUAACCGGAUGUUGCUGUGGCAUGGCUCCCGGCUCUCGAACUGGGUGGGAAUCCUGAGCCACGGCCUGCGAGUGGCCCCCGCAGAGGCUCCCGUCACUGGAUACAUGUUCGGAAAGGGUAUCUACUUUGCGGACAUGUCAUCGAAAAGCGCCAACUACUGCUUCACCAACCAGAAGAACAAUACGGGUCUCCUCCUGCUCAGUGAGGUGGCCCUGGGUGACAGUAACGAGCUGCUGGCGGCGGAUUAUGAGGCGUCCCGCCUGCCUGCGGGGAAACACAGCACCAAGGGCCUGGGUCAGACCUCCCCCGACCCGAGAAACGCCGUCACACUGGAUGGCGUCACUGUGCCGAUGGGCCCAACAGUGAAGACGGCGGUGGGCCAGGGCAAAGGCUACUCCCUCCUGUACAACGAGUUUAUCGUGUACAACCCUGCCCAGUCACGCAUGAGGUACCUGCUUAGGGUGCGCUUCAACUACCCCUCAUUGUGGUGAAGAUGAGGCACAGGAAGUGACAUCACUCUCACACGCGUCGUCACAAGGAAAGACACUGUGGCUGUAGUUAAUGUUUCAUAUUGUUUAUUUUGUGAUCAGCUUUUCCGGUCCGUGGUUCCUUUCUUGAUACAUUUGAGGUAACAGGAAGUUAACAUUUGUUUGCAAAGAUACCAUCUUAAUUGGCCUAUGCAAAAUAUGAUGGCCUAAUGCUUACUUGCUAAAUGCUGUUAACAAGUAUUGGACCUGCUUUGCAAAUUGUUCAGCAUUAAAGCAGAGAUUUCCAUGCAA